GAAAUCGCAUUCUCAGAAGUUCGUUUAGCAGACGAUGGGGAAACCGGAACAAAAGAACUCUGCGAAAGUGGACUUAAAGCUCCAAAGAUGUUAAAGGACUUUUUUGUUUCUUUAACAAACGCAUUUCCUUCGUGUAUUCACAAAGCCAAAAUAGCUGCGUUUAUUAUAUCUGGAUUUCAUAUUAGUGUUAUUAUCCUGGAUAGUCCAAAAGGAUCUGCAUGUCGAUUGACAUACUCGGAAAGAGUAGAAUUUCCCACUGAUCCUGAUGUAUGUGUAAAGCAAUUGGUACCCAUCAUGGAGUUGGUU